AUGUUUCACGAAAAGCUAGUCACGUUAGUAGCUCUUCUUCAAUCUUCUGUGGUUCGAUCCGCAAUACUACCUUCCGAGUAUCUCGAUGCUAGAGACGAUGAUUCCUUCAACAAUACCCUCGACGGUAGAGAUGACACUCAUCCUCUGAAUCCUAGCGAGAGAGGUAUGCUCGAUGAUCUUAACAAUGCCUACGAGGGAAUUUGGUGGGAUAAGUCGUAUCCCGGAGGAGCAGCGCCAAGAGGAGACCCGAAAGAUGGUGGAUGCGAUGUUGCGAGUUUUAAUAUCAUUAGGGAAGCUACACGGAACGCAGUAAGGCUUGCUGGAUAUCAAGGAAGUGAUCUACUCAAGGAAGACAGAUCUUUCAACAAAUUCUUUGUUCGAAAUAGCAUAGCCCCGUCAGGUGGGCGAUGGACAUCCAGCAAGAACGCUCAGAACACUUAUGCCUCGAUCAAUCAUAACAUGUUGUUGCCUUCGAGGUUUCCACUCGAUGGGACUGGUAGACGAAGAAGAGGUCAACGUAUCACAUAUCAAUGCAAGGAUACCCAGACGUUACCCUCGAAUACUAAGGGAUGCGCAGGUCCUGCUGCUGCAUAUACGGUGAAUACAGAUUUUAGCCCCGAGGGAUGGACAGUCGUAUUUUGCGAUAAAUUCUUCCAGAUUGGGACAUAUCUAAAUGAACUUCUCGCUGGUCCAAAAAUAUCUGAAGCUAGUCUUAGCGGCCUUAAGUAUGUUUCAUAUGAGCAAAUAAUCCUUCACGAAUGGUUGCAUAACGACAUAAUGGGCUACAGUGAACAUCUUACGGAUAUCGUAGAUCAAAUCGAUGAUGAUAGCCCAAAACGUAGAGUCUACGGUAUGAGUGAAGCGCGAGACUAUGCGUGGAAAUUCAUGACGGGUAAUAAAAUGAACAUUAAUCCAAAGAUCGUUGCUAAUGUGGAGAACUAUGUCUGGUACUUUGUCGACAAAAUGUACGGAAGUCAAUGGGGAUGGACAGGCACGGGCAAUGCCUAUCCAGGAAGACCACUCGGACGUGACCUCAACCUCAUUGUCAGACAAGACGAUGUACAAGCAGAUACUCUCGAUCUUGGAGACGAAGAAACAGAUCCAGCAACUUUGCCGACCCCGAGCUGGCCUUCAAACUGCCAUGGAGCUCUAGUACUUGAUACUUCGGAUGCUAGUGCGCUGGUUUGCGAUUAUGUCGACCCGCCAAAUGAAGACUCGAGCACUCCUACAUCAACUUCUAGCGCAUCAGCAGUCGUUACAUUGCCAGCGGACCCAAAAAAUUGCAAUUGCAAUGAAGACGGAUGUACACCAGAAUCGCCUGCAUGUUGUGCCAAUGGUACUUGCUAG